ACCUCCUAACCGUCGAAUGACAGAGAGAGAGAGAGGGAGAGAGAGAGAUAGUCGACGAAAGGCGUUAUCCGCAGUGACGGCCACACACCUCACUCCCGCAUUCCCUUCUCGCCACGUGUCCUACGAAACUUCCGUUUUUACUAGAUAGCCUCGUCCCCACCAUGUACCCGCCCACACACGCUCUCUCCCUUAUCGCUUUCGUAUGUAUCCACUGCAAGAGCUGGCUGCUCCUCGAAUCCAGCGAAUCUCACCUCUGCUAAUCCUUUUUAUGCUCUUAUAAUUCCACUCGCAAAGCUUAUAUUUUUAUGGUUUUCUUGUAGUGGUUUUUGGGUGGGGUGUGCGUGUGAGAGAGAGAGAGAGAGAGAGAGAGAGAGAGAGACGCAGGGAGAGGGAGAGAUGGAUCACGCGGCAGAUGCCCACCGGACCGAUUUGAUGACGAUAAUGAGGUUUGUACUGAAUGAACAAUCAAAGCACCCAGGUUCGCGUGGGGAUUUCACUAUCUUGCUCAAUCAUAUUGUUCUUGGCUGCAAAUUCGUUUGCUCUGCUGUUAACAAGGCGGGUCUUGCCAAGCUUAUUGGACUUGCUGGGGAGACAAAUGUUCAGGGUGAAGAGCAAAAGAAACUGGAUGUGCUUUCAAAUGAAGUAUUCAUCAAGGCUUUAGUAAGCAGUGGCCGAACAUGCAUACUUGUCUCUGAAGAAGAUGAGGAGGCAAUAUUUGUGGAGCCUGACAAGCGUGGAAAGUACUGUGUUGUUUUUGAUCCAUUGGAUGGAUCCUCCAACAUUGACUGUGGUGUUUCUAUUGGAACGGUACAACCUUCACUUCAAAUCAUGAUAGAUUCUAUCUUUGGGAUUUACAUGGUGAAACAUGGCCGUGAACCAACUCUAGAUGAUGUUUUGCAACCUGGGAAAAAUAUGGUAGCAGCUGGCUAUUGCAUGUAUGGAAGCUCUUGCAUGCUUGUGUUGAGUACUGGAAGUGGUGUUAAUGGUUUCACCCUUGAUCCAUCCCUUGGGGAGUUCAUACUUACUCACCCUGAUAUUAAGAUUCCAAAGAAAGGAAAGAUUUAUUCAGUAAAUGAAGGAAAUGCUAAGAACUGGGAUGCUCCAACAGCCAAGUAUGUGGAAAAAUGCAAGUUCCCUGAGGAUGGUUCCUCACCAAAGUCUCUGAGAUACGUUGGAAGCAUGGUGGCUGAUGUGCAUCGCACAUUACUCUAUGGGGGAAUAUUUUUGUACCCUGCAGAUAAGAAGAGUCCCAAUGGGAAACUGCGUGUGCUGUAUGAAGUCUUUCCAAUGUCAUUUUUGAUGGAACAAGCAGGAGGUCAAUCUUUUACUGGCAAGCAAAAGGCACUUGACUUGGUUCCAGAGAAGAUACAUCAGCGAUCUCCAAUAUUUCUGGGAAGCUAUGAUGAUGUUGAGGAAAUCAAAGCACUCUAUGCUGCUGAAGCAUAGAGCGCAGCAAGAAUCAUUCUCUUAUAGUGCUUACAUGGCCUUAUUAAUUGUAAUCUGGCUACUUGACCGCCCUUCUUCUAAUCAUCAUAUAUUUUAAAACACUCUUUCUCAAGUUUCUUUCAAUAAAUGAUAUGUUUAUUGGUGAUAA